UCCCUCCAACGCCGAUUCGAAUUGAAAGUCCAGAAUUUUCAAUGCAAAAAUUACUCGUCACUGUUACGCCAUUUAAAUUGUGAUUUAACGAAAAUCUCCACCGGCCGUUAUUAUAUCGAUUUUGAAUUUGAAUUGCAACGAAAUCUGGAUAAAGAUGCCCGGGUGCAUAUCACAUCGUUCUUCACACCACAAAAUGCUAAAAAGGCCGUGAAAUUCCUGGAUUUGAAUUUAAAGAUUUGUGAUGUCCUAAAAGAUACAAAUUCCUUGUCGAUUAUGAAAACGAUUUUGGCGGAAUUAAGGAAAACGAGUAAUUUACCCUAUUCAUGUCCUAUCAAAGCGAAUUUCAAAUACAAUUUCAUCAACUUCACUUUGGAUGCCGACACACUGCCCCCCUACACCCCGUUGAUGUCUUAUAAUUUCACCGUCAAAUAUUAUGAAAAUAAAAAAUUACUUCUCACCAUGGAUGUUGAUGGGUCAACGGUGUCACGUUCGGAAUCGAAUUGA